CAUUCCCGGUCUGUGUAGAGAAGAAAGAGAUUCUGUACAGUUCUCGUCAUCAUCGUGAUCUUAGGUGUUAUUCGAUUCGCUUUCGAUUUCUUCAGCUCAAUCCAAUGUCUUACGCUUAUCUCUUCAAGUAUAUCAUCAUCGGCGAUACUGGAGUAGGGAAGUCAUGCCUUCUGCUUCAGUUCACAGACAAGAGGUUUCAGCCGGUUCAUGAUCUCACCAUCGGUGUUGAGUUUGGGGCUAGGAUGAUCACCAUUGACAACAAGCCCCUCAAACUCCAGAUCUGGGACACCGCGGGUCAAGAAUCCUUUAGGUCUAUUACAAGGUCCUAUUAUAGAGGUGCUGCAGGGGCAUUGCUUGUCUACGAUAUCACGAGGAGGGAGACAUUUAACCACCUAGCCAGCUGGCUAGAGGAUGCAAGGCAGCAUGCUAACGCAAAUAUGACCAUUAUGCUCAUCGGGAAUAAGUGUGAUCUUUCCAGCAGAAGGGCAGUCACCACAGAGGAAGGCGAGCAGUUUGCAAGGGAGCACGGUCUUAUUUUCAUGGAGGCCUCUGCCAAGACUGCUCAGAACGUCGAGGAGGCAUUCAUUAAGACAGCGGCAACAAUAUACAAGAAGAUACAAGAUGGUGUGUUUGAUGUGUCAAAUGAGUCAUAUGGAAUAAAAGUUGGAUAUGGAGGAAUCCCUGGGCCAUCAGCUGGUAAAGACGGAUCCACACCACAAGGCGGUUGCUGCGGCUAAUAUGUUAAAUGGGUGUUUAUAUCAUCAUCAUGUAAAAAAAAUAAUCACAUAAUGAUGUAACAAAAAAUUCUCCGAUUCAAAAAAUCCACGUGAUGUUCGAUUUGGUGGUGAAUCUUGGAACUAAUUUCUGAUUUUUAUCUAAAAAGAUGUGUGUUUGC